GCUACCAUUGUUUUAUUGUUUUUGGUUUUAGCAUAAAUGCGCAAUGUUAUGUUAUCAAAAUUUUGUUAUUUUUUUGUCUUAUUGCUUGAAAAACAGAAAAAAAGAAAGAUAUUUGGUGUUGUGAACUACUAAGUCUUAGAUAUCAGUGAUAAAGUAUUUAGAAUUCAGCUUAGAAACAUGGGAUCAACAGGAAAUACUCACAAGAUCAAACAUUCCAUACCUACAGAUAUUCUUGAUGAUUUAUGCAGCCGUUUUAUAAUCAACUUGCCUCAAGAAGACAGAGGGAAUCUGGUCCGGAUUUGUUUCCAGAUAGAACUAGCACAUUGGUUCUACUUAGACUAUUAUUGUACUGAUGAAACAAAAAGACUCCACACUUGUGGUAUAAGAGAAUUUGCUGCACACAUUUUUCAGCAUGUGCCACAACUGCGGGAGCAUAUCAGCAGUUUAGACGCAGUACUGGACAACUGGCGUGAAUACAAGCAGACAGUGCCAACAUACGGUGCCAUCCUGCUUGAUACAGACCUAACACAUGUCCUGUUAGUGCAGUCUUACUGGACCAAAGCCUCCUGGGGCUUUCCUAAAGGCAAGGUCAAUGAGGAUGAAGAACCAUGGAAGUGUGCCGCAAGAGAGGUGCUUGAAGAAACUGGCUUUGAUAUAAGUAAAUUGAUUAACAAGAAUGAUUACAUAGAGGCUAUAAUACAUGAUCAAAUUGUCCGAUUGUACAUAAUAGGGUAUAUACCUCGGGAAACAAAGUUCCAGCCUCAAACUAGGAAUGAAAUUAAAGCAUGUGAAUGGUUCCCAUUAGCAGAUCUGCCUUCGAAUAGGAAAGAUAUGACUCCUAAAGUGAAAAUCGGUGUCGGACCAAAUGCCUUCUUUAUGGUGGUACCUUUCGUGAAGCGUAUGAGGCGAUGGGUAGCAGAGAGAAGUUCUAGAGUAUAUAAUAGUACAAGGAGAAUGAGACACAAGUCUAUGGGCGAAUUAGAAUCAGUAGCGAACAAGAAUAAACAAAAAAUCUCAUCAGGGCUCCAAAAUGAGAUCCAAGAAUAUCAGAAUGAACACAAAUUUAAGAAUAACAGCCACAGUCAUGGCAACCAAGGGAAUCACAGCGCACAGAGGAAUGUUCAAGAGAAUACUGCGGGUGUUGCAAGUGUCAGCAAACAAAAUACAAAUAAUAAUUACAGAAAGGAAAAGAAACAAGCUAAAAGGCAAUUAUUUACCCCUCAGAAUACUCAAGCGAACUUUUCACCGGUUCAAAAAGAUAAUUCAAAUGAUAAUGAGGAUAAUUCAUUGUUGAACUUUGUGGCGCCAUCUUGGGCAAACUUCAAGUUUGACAGGCGCGCCAUUUUGGAUUGUCUCACUUGAACGAAAUAUUUUUUUUCGGAUAACUGACUGAAGAUUUAGCACUUUUGUGAUAGAAACUCGUUGGCUUUACUUUUUACGAAAAUCUUUAAAUAAUUAAAACCUUUAUUUAAAUUGGAAGACAAAAA